AUGCGCAUGAAUUACUUCCUCUCUGUGGUUAUUCUUACACUAGGAUACCCCAGAGGAAAUACCGCCCUUAAUCUCCCACAACUUAAUUUUGAUAAAAAAACAUCUUUAAAACAGGAUUACAGUUCCUUGGAGAUUUCAGAAGGAAAUUCUAAAGAGAAGAAAGAUAAAAAGAAAAAUUCUACUAAAAAUGGAGAAACUUCAAAAUAUUUUGAGGUUUCAAAAAAUGAUGUUGCCAAUCUGUUGGGCAAGACACCUGUCAAGAGGACCGAACAACCAAAAGCGAAGAAGGGCAAAAAAGAUCCUAACUUGGAUAUGAUUGAAGAUAUUGAUUGGGAUGACGUUCCUGAUUUUCCAUCUGAGGAUAAAAGCUCAGCUGCUUUGGAAAAUGAAACAUCAAAUGUUCAAUCGCCAUUGAAAAAUAAGGUUUCAAAUGAAGAACGCCAAACUUCCAACAAUAAGACUUCAGAUUCCAAUGUGUCCACUGAAGAAGAAAAGGAAAAACCUGUUAAUCAUGCCCGACUUCAUGAAAUGUCUCCUUCUCCAGAAAGAAUAGUAGAGCCAACACCAGAAAAAAAAAUUGAGAAAAAGCAUGUUUUAAAGGAAGAACAAGGCCAUAAAAACAAAAAGCAAAAAUUAUCCGAUUCUACUUCUCCAAGUCCUGUAAAAAAUAAAUCAAAGGAAACUUCAUCGAAAAAUUCUAAAAGCCCUGUGAAUUCUUUGAGUUCUAAAAUACCAUCACCACCUCUGAAGAAAAAUAAUGUCGAUUCCAGGGUAAAUAUAAAUGAUCCAAAAUAUUCUCUGUGGGUGGAAAAAUACAAGCCGUCGUCUUUGAAACAGAUAAUUGGUCAGCAAGGUGAAAAAAGCAAUGUCAAUAAAUUGGUUAAAUGGUUAGCCAAUUGGUAUAAUAAUCAGUCUGGUAAAAAGAAGAUUCCUAGACCAAGUAAAACUACUACAGCCCAUCUUGUUUGCAAGGAGCUCGGUAUGGACAUGGUUGAGUUUAAUGCCUCAGAUACUCGUAGCAAAAAAUCACUUCAAGAAGAAAUCAAAGAACUUUUAUCAAGCAAUUCACUUGCGUCUUACGCUUUGGCAGUACGGUGUUCUCAACGGCAAGGAUGCCUUGAUGCCAAUUCUCUUGAGGAGUGUCGACGAUUCACAGCUUCCCUGGGUGCAAUGAUGUCUGUUUGCUUCAAAGAAGGUCUGAAAGUGAAGCCUGAUGUUAUCAGUGAUAUAAUUACGAGUACCAAUCAAGAUAUAAGGCUCAUCUUAAACCACUUAUCUGUUUUGUCAGCCCAAGCUUCACUUAAUUUACCUAUGGCUAGCAAAUAUGUCAAACUUGGCCCCUGGGAUGUUUUGCGUAAGGUAUUUUCGAAGGAGGAACACAAAAAUAUGUCCAUAUAUGACAAAUCUGAUCUAUUUUUCUACGAUUACAGUAUAGCUCCUCUUUUUGUCCAAGAAAACUAUCUUAAUGUCCAACCGCAUUCUGAAGAAAGUAAAACAAAGAAAGGAAAAAUGGCGUUAUUCGCUAAAGCUGCUCAAAGUAUAGCUUAUGGUGAUUUAGUUGACAAUAAAAUAAGAAGUCAUAGUGCGUGGGGCUUAUUGCCAGUUCAGGCGGUUUUCAGCUCAUUGCUCCCAGGUGAGUAUUUGGCUGGUCACAUGGGAGGACAAAUUAAUUUUCCUGCAUGGCUUGGAAAAAAUUCAAGAAGGGGGAAAUUAGACAGAUUUGCCCAAGAAAUACUUGCACACACCAGACUAAAAGUUUCAGGCAGCAAAGAGGGAAUUAACCUUGACUAUUGCUAUGCAUUGAGAGAAAAAGUAUCAAGACCUCUUCUUCAAGGGACAGAAGGAAUAGAAGAAUCUCUGUCCGUCAUGAGAGAGUAUUGCAUCCUGAGGGAAGAUAUUGAGUCUCUGUCUGAACUAACAGCGUGGCCAGGAGUCCAAGAUCCAUUUUCCAAAGUUGAUUCGAAGGUGAAAGCAAGUUUUACAAGAACAUAUAACAAAAAUCCUAUCGUCACACCAUUUUCAAUCAAUGCUGCUGUGAAAAAAGGUCGAGGGGUACAAGCUGUGGAUGAGGCUGAGUUAGAAGAGGAUUUGGAGAAUGGUAACGAUGAAGAGGAAGAUCAAAAUGAUGUUACGAAAGAUGCUAUGAUAAUGAUAAAGAAGAAAACCAAUAAAGAAGAAAAAGAACAAAAAAAGAAGGAAGCAGGUGGGAGUAAACCUCGAGGAAAAAGAGGAAAAAAAUAGUCUCCAAUUAUACUCUAAAUUGUAUUAAGGUUGUAAAUAGUUUUAUAUGAUAUUAAAUGAAAUAAUGUCAUAUCUGUAUUAAUUUUUUACUUCAGUAUUUACUAAAGAUCUUUUGAAAUUUCAUUGAUUUUUUGUUAUUUUAUCACAGUGAAGUUCUUGUAGGACUCUAUAUCAUAGAAUAUAUUUAUUGCAAAUUUUGUUUUUAUAUAUCAGUAUAAGCUAAUAACCGAAACUCUCUUCUAUUGUUGAUUUUCUAUGACAGUAAUUGAAACUUUUAAUAAAUAUAAUAUUUUUUCUACAAUUUCUUCUCAUUUAUAGGCUGUGAAACCUAUUGUUAUUUUUAAAAAAUAUUGCUACAGUCUCAAUAAAGAAUUUUAUCCUUGAGAUGUUAAUAUAUGGUUGAAAUAAAACUAUUUUAUUUUAUUUCCACCUUUAUAAAUGUUGGUUAUUAUUUGUUUAUUAAGAAAUUAACUAGUUAUAUUGCAUGAAAUAAACCUCUACCCAGUUUUUUUCAGCCAAAAUAAACAAAUUCCAGCAUUAUUUCGAUUACGUAGGCAGAGAAUUUAUAGAAUUCAAAAUGAGAGGUCUUUGGUUCAGAGAUGGCAGAAUGAUACCACACUCAACAAGGAGCUUCAUGGAAUGCCUUGGAGUCGACAUAAAGGACGUAGCAAAGUUGGCAGAAAACAUAAUCCUCAAUUCCCUGGGACUAAUCUACCACCACAUGCAUGGGAUUGGAUAGGGGGAGAGUUUGUUCAUGGGAGAGCAUGUAUAUAUUACAACAUAUAUAUAUAUAUUAUUUAUUGAACUCCUCUACUAUAUUUGUAUAUAUAUAUUAACCUAUUAACAGGAGAAUAAAAUUUUGUUUAACUCAUCUCACAAUGGGAACUUUUUUCUUCAUAAUUAUGAGUAAUAUCAUCACAUCUCAAGUAAUAAAAGGAAAUAAUUGUUAACUUAUUGAUUUUAUUUAGUUUGACAAAAUACUUUAUAACAUAAAUAACUCAAAUAACCUUUAAUGCAGACAAAUUAUUUGAACAAAUUUAAUUAUUAAUUAAGAGAAGAAUAGUUGGGGUGGUUAGUCAAAAAAGAAGGCAAAAAUAAAUGAUAAUAUUUAUUUUUACAUAUUCCGACGUUUCGACCUGAAGUUCAGGCCAUCAUCAGGGCUAAGAAAAGAACCAGAUAACAAGGUAUGAGAAAUAUAAAAAUUACAGUAAAAUGAAGUUGUUAGAAUAAUGACAAUAUUAAGAACAAGAGACAAAUAAUAAUAACAGGUACAAAGUGUGGAAUGAUGAAGUAAACAGAGUCAAAAAAGGUGACAUAAGUAUUGUAAAGGGAAUCUUAGAAUAAAAUGUAAAACAGAAAAAUAUGAAGUUUUAUAAGAAAUGGAAAUAAAUAGUAAAAUUAAGAUAGAGUGAAUAGAAUAUUUAGAUAAAAAAUUGAGAAGUUGUAAAGUCUAUCAAUAUGUACAGACAAAGUAUGAAAUAAUAAAGAGUUAAAACAGAGAAAAGGAAUGAAAGGAAGGAUGAGAGAAACUGAGAAGGUUGAAAUAAGAAAGAAAAUUAUUUGUCUCUUGUUCUUACUAUUGUCAUUAUUCUAACAACUUCAUUUUACUGUAAUUUUUAUAUUUCUCAUACCUUGUUAUCUGGUUCUUUUCUUAGCCCUGAUGAUGACCUGAACUUCAGGUCGAAACGCUGGCAUAUGUAAAAAUAAAUAUUAUCAUUUAUUUUUGCCUGCUUAUUUGACUGACCACCCCAACUAUUCUUCUCUUCAUUAUCCACGACAGUCAACCAUUUACCAAUUAUUAAUUAUUAAUUAAUUAUAUAUUUAAUUAUUAACCAGGGAAAACACGAGAGUGAUAGCGAAAAUGUAAACAAUAUACUCGUUUAUAACCAAGCUAGGAUUUAAUAGAUAAGAACUAUGUAAAACUUAAUGCAUUCAAAAUAUUAUCGCUAAUUUUCAUGACGAAAAAUGGCAUGAUGUCCAUUGUAGUAAUAGUUCUUGUACGGUGAAAUAUUUUAUCAUGCUCAGUUAACAGGUUAAUUUUAUUUAGAUUUUUACAAGUGCACUUUUUUUUUUUUAUUGUUAUUAUUGUAAGUUGUUAUCAAAAAGUAUGAAUCAGAUUAGGAAGAGAGAGAAGAAAAUAAGAGAAAUGUGUAAGAAGAGAAGGAAAAGAAAGAGAAAUUGAAUGUUAUUAAAAAAAAGGAAAACAAUUUAUUUACCAUGCUCAUGUAUAUUGGUGAUACUGUAUAUUUUUAUAUUAAUUUUGAGGAUCAUCCAUUGUAUUGAUUGAAAAGUAUGCUGUUCUGUAGCAACCCAAUAUAAUAGGGUGUAUAAAAACAAAAUGGUGUUUUAAACCAAAUAUUUGUGUUAUUAUUUCUUUGAAAAAAAAUACAAUUAAUACUCGAAGUAUAGUCCAUUAUUAUCUACCGUCAUUAGCCAUCUGCUAGCAAAUUGCUCGAUCCCACGCUGAUAGCAUUCUUUGGAAUGACUGUCAAAGAACUCUUGGAUUACAAUUUUCACUUCCACAAAAUUAUCAAAUUUUUUCCUUGAAGAAAAUGGGCCAUGGAUCUAAAUAAGUAGUAAUCCGAUGGUGCGAGGUCUGGACUAUAUCGUGGAUGAGGCAGGAGUCUCUUAUCAGAAGGGUUUUUGAAUAAAUUUUCAUAAAUGUCUAACCUCUUAGCUGAUUGCUGAAGAGUAAGCUUGUAAGGGACUAGUCUACAGCUCUUUUUCAUCUUCCCCAUGGAAAGUAGAUGGCGACUAACAGAAUCUUUAAUCUAGUAAUGCCUUAAAAUUACGAGAAUUUGGUAGGUAGGACACUCAUGUUUCUUCUUUG